AUUAGCAUUUGACCAUGUUUAGAGGCAUCAGAGCACCACAGACCAGACUAAUUAGAACCAUUCAUAGUAGUUCUAUCAGGCCUAAUCUAUUUGGAGGUAAAAAAGUUACUCAGAAUGAUUUGGGCGCACCAUCAGGAAAGGGAGAAGGGACCACCAAUCCGGUUGAUAUAUUGAAGAAGAAUGAUAUUUUGAUGUAUUCUAAUAAGCCGAUAAAUUAUAUUGAAUCGGUCAAAGAGAAUGGGUUCCAUUUGGCAAAUAACAUAAUGAUACAAUCCCCCGAUAAAGAAGGGAAUAUAAUUGGGGCAUUAUUGAUUGAGACCGAAAACAUUGAGGUUAAUUUAUCCAAUGAAGGAUUUAAGAUUAUUAAUGGAUUCAUGAUUGAAUUUAAAGAAGAAGUACUUGGAAUAUUUGAGAAAAUCCAUCCCAAGCCUGAAAUAGUGGUUAUGGGGUUAGGUGGAAGAUCAAGAAUGUUAUCCGAGAAGAAUCGAGUUUACUUUGCCAAAUUAGGGAUUCAGUUGGAGAUUGGAGACUCUAAUAAUGCAGCACAAAUAUUUGACUUACUAGCUACUGAAAGACCAAAUGUAAUUCUGGCAUUUUUGUUGCCUCCCAAUGUGUAAAUAGGU